AUUUUCGACCUGAGAUUACUGGAAGAAGUGGUCAUUGAAAUUGAAAAUAAGAUUCUGAACCAGGUGACUAACCUGCAUAGGAAUCCUGAAUCGAAGAGGCUCUAGAAUUGCCGUGGCUUUCGAGCUUCGCAUCAAUGGCUGGCGUGUCUCUCCAGUGCGGCGACUGUGGAGCGCUAUUGAGGUCCGUACAAGAAGCUCAGGAGCACGCAGAGCUCACCUCCCACUCCAACUUCUCUGAAUCGACUGAAGCUGUUCUCAACCUUGUUUGCACCACUUGUGGCAAGCCAUGCCGAUCCAAAACUGAGAGUGAUUUGCAUACAAAAAGAACUGGGCACGGUGAAUUUGUUGAUAAGACAUCUGAAGUAGCGAAACCAAUAAGUUUGGAGGUUCCAAAGGUAGAUGCAAUGUCUAACGAGGAUGUCAAUGCAACUACUGACCAAAAUGAUGGUACUGCUCCACAGCCUAGUGAAAUGGUUGUUCCUGAGGUUGACAAAAAGCUGCUUGAGGAACUUGAAUUAAUGGGUUUUUCAACUGCACGUGCAAUACGUUCACUGCAUUAUUCUGGUAAUGCUAGCCUUGAGGCAGCUGUGAAUUGGGUAGUAGAGCAUGAGAAUGACGCUGACAUAGAUCAGAUGCCCUUGGUACCUGCAAACACCAAAGUUGAGGCUCCUAAACCUUCUCUCACACCAGAACAACUGAAAGCUAAACAACAGGAACUUAGGGAGAGGGCUCGCAAGAAGAAAGAAGAGGAGGAGAAGAGGGUGGAAAGAGAAAGAGAAAAGGAGAGAAUUCGUAUAGGCAAGGAGUUACUGGAAGCAAAAAGAAUUGAAGAGGAGAAUGAAAGAAAACGGUUGCUGGCUCUGCGUAAAGCUGAGAAAGAGGAAGAGAGAAGGGCUAGAGAGAAAAUCAGGCAGAAAUUGGAAGAAGACAAGGCUGAAAGAAGGCGAAGACUUGGAUUACCUCCUGAAGAACCAUCAGCUCCCCAACCCGCUAAUGUCGUGGAGGAGAAAAAAAGUUCAUUGCCAGUUCGGCCUGCUACAAAAGCUGAGCAAAUGAGAGAGUGCUUGCGGUCUCUCAAGCAGAGCCACAAGCAGGAUGAUGAUGCAAGAGUAAAGAGAGCAUUCCAGACUCUACUAACUUAUGUGGGGAAUGUUGCCAAAAGUCCUGAUGAGGAAAAAUAUAGGAGAAUAAGACUCAGUAACCAAACUUUUCAGGAAAGAGUUGGUGCCUUGAAAGGGGGAAUUGAUUUCCUGGAAAUUUGUGGGUUUGAGAAAAUCGAAGGGGGAGAGUUCCUGUUUUUGACUAGGGACAAGGUUGACAAGGCAGUCCUGAAUUCUGCUGGCUCUGAACUGGACUCUGCAAUCAAAAAUCCCUUUUUUGGAGUUCUUUAGUUACAAUUGUAAUGUGUUACUGGAGGCUUGAAACUGUUGUAGCUUUUGAUGUUUUCAUGAUAAAAAAAAAUUCUGCCUUCUGUUCAUUGAAGUGCUUGAGGUUUUAUAUUUGAUUUUCAGGCAUGUACUGAAACUGAUCCUUCCUUUUGUACCUAUAGAAAUUUCGAGAGAAAUUUGGAUGUAUACGCGUACAUAUUACAAAGCCAUAUUUUGAUUACGAUUUUCGGAUUU